AUGCCAAAAAAUGAAGCCGAAAAUCAAUGGCUUACAGUAGUGAAAGGAAAAUCUAAGCCUAAGAAAAAGCAGCAACCUGCGACUGAGGCAGGAAGCAAACCCGGUAGGGAUAGAGCAUCCCUUAUGAAAAAAGCAAGGGAAGCGAUCGAUAAUGAGGCUAAAGUAGUCUUUAUCGAUCCGCGGGAGAAUAUGGACCCUCAAGAGGUCCUUAAGAAGGUCAAAGAUAUCAUCAACCCUAGGGUAACACGAAUCCGGAUUGAUGAUAUAAGGAUAACAGCAAAGGGCGGAGUAGCCGUCAAGGUGGAUGCCCCGGAUGACCGACAAACCCUACUCGCCAAUGAGGCACUUAGCCAGGCAGGCCUUAAUGUGCGAACGGCGGGCAAACGUAACCCGAGACUGUUACUCUUGCGCGUCCCCAAGGAGACCCAGCCGGAGGAUCUAAUUGAGCAGUUGUCGGCGAACAACAGCCAGGAGGAUGCCUGGGAAAAGACUAAAAUUCGGCCCUUGUUCACCCUAAAAUAUGGUAGCGGCACCAGAAAAGAGCCCACCUACGUGUCGUGGGUUAUCGAGGUGGACCCGCGAACAUGGAAAGUAGCGAAUGACCGUGGUAAGGCAUACCUGGACUACCAGGUUUGCGUAGCCAAAGAUUAUACAGGAGUGACCAGGUGCUACAAUUGCCAGCUAUAUGGGCAUGUAGCAGCAGUAUGCCCAAAGAAAGACCCAGUCUGUGGCAUUUGUUCGGAUCCCCACGAUACGCGGCAGUGCCCGCGGGAGAAGACGCGGUGCGUCCAUUGCCAUAGAUUGGGCAAGGCUAGUGACCACCAUGUAGGAUCCCUGCAAUGUGAGGCACACGCUCGAGCUAUUGCGAGAGCUUGGUAUGCCACGGACCGGGGGGAAAUACUAGACACUGACGAUAAGCAGCAAAGCCCUAUCGAACAACACAAGCAGGAUGCAGCCCUUGGGACCACGGACAUGGAUACGAUAGAGGAAGGCCUUCCCCAAAGAGCUAAUCAAUGA